AAUCUGAAAACAAAACUCCCUAAAUUCUAUCAGCAUAUCGAUUGUGCUACCAGGGCUGGUAAAACCUUGGAUCAUUGUUUAUACUAACUUCCGCGACGCAUAUAAGGCCCUCCCCCGCCCUCCUUUCGGAAAAGAUGACCACGACUCCAUUUUGUUGCUUCCAGCCUACAAACAGAAACUAAACAACAAGCUCCCUCGCUCAGGUCUGUUCAACGCUGGUCCGACCAAUCUGAUUCCACGCUUCAAGACUGCUUCGAUCACGUGGAUUGGAAUAUGAUCCGCAUUGCGUCCAACAACAAUAUUGACGAAUACGCUGAUUCGGUGAGCGAGUUCAUUAGAAAGUGCAUUGACUAUGUCGUACCCACAGCAACGAUUAAAACAUUCCCAAACCAGAAACCGUGGAUUGAUGGUAGCAUUCGCGUGAAACUUGCCCUUUUAACCAGGGCAAGGUGACUGGAAACAUGACCGAAUACAAACAGUGUAGCUAUUCUCUCCGCAAGGCAAUCAAACAAGCUAAGUCCCAGUAUAGAGACAAAGUACUCGCAAUUCAACAGCUCAGACACAAGCGGUAUGUGGCAGGGUCUACAGUCAAUCACGGAUUACAAAAAGAAAACCAGCCCCGUCGCGGACCAGGAUGUCUUGCUCCCAGACAGGCUAAAUAACUUUUUUGCUCGCUUUGAGGACAAUACAGUGCCACUGACACGGCCCGCUACCUUAACCUGCGGGCUCUCCUUCACUGCAGCCGAGGUUUCAGAGUGAAAUGGAAGAGGGGAAGAACCUUCACUUGGCCGAACUGGCUUGGGAUGUGAAACGACGCCCCAGGCUUGAGGAGCUGGAAAGAGAAGUGUGCAGGGAGCUGCGCCUGGAGCGCCGAAUCCGCUGGUCGGUGAUUGGACAGCCUGGUAGCCAGAUGGGAGAUUGGAGACCCCUGGGAAUGGAGACACACACACCUCUGAUUACUGUUAGGGACUUGCUGCUCAUGAUUGGGCACAUAACUAGCUCAGUAUUGGAGGAGGUAAAUAGCAUCCUGAUCCCUGCCUUGGUUGACCUUAUAAGGCUGAGAGCUUCAGAAAGUGAUGCAGAGAGUAUGCUCUUCAUCAGCAAAGACACCAACGAAGAUUCAACCCAGGGCUCUGUCAGCUGUACCUCCCUACUCUCCAAAGUCAAUGUGAUCUGUCUCACUCAGAGUCUUGACAGUAGGUCCUCCCCAAUCUCUAUUGAAGAACCAGUCAAAACUUGUUGUAGCAGCAGUUCUCUGUCCAGUGAGGAACGAGCACACUCUUCCUCCAGUCAGAUCUCUACUAAGAACCUCCUGGCUACAUGGCCACGUUAUACCAGGCCCCAAUCUGCCAAACCGCCACCUGCUAAACCACCAUCUACUAAACCACCAUCUGCUAAACCACCAUCUGAUAAACCGUCACCUGCUAAACCGUCACCUGCAAAACCACCAUCUGAUAAACCGUCACCUGCUAAACCGUCACCUGCUAAACCACCAUCUGAUAAACCGUCACCUGCUAAACCACCAUCUGAUAAACCGUCACCUGCUAAACCGUCACCUGCUAAACCACCAUCUGAUAAACCGUCACCUGCUAAACCGUCACCUGCUAAACCACCAUCUGAUAAACCACCAUCUGAUAAACCGCCACCUGCUAAACCGUCACCUGCUAAACCGUCACCUGCUAAACCGUCACCUGCUAAACCACCAUCUGCUAAACCACCAUCUGCUAAACCACCACCUGCUAAACCACCACCUGCUAAACUACGAUCUGCUAAACCACAAUCUGGCAAACCACCACCUGCUAAACUACGAUCUGCUAAACCACAAUCUGCUAAACCACCACCUGCUAAACUACGAUCUGCUAAACCACAAGCUGCUAAACCACUACUUGCUAAAUUACAAUCUGCUAAACCACCUACUGCCACUGACUACUCUGGAACCUUAUCUGCUGUGGUAGGUCGUGGGCAUGUCAUCCCUGUCAAACUGACCUUGGCCCCUUUCUCCUCCUUACUCUCCAGCGAAGAGACCAACACCAACCUCCCCUCCAGCAGCCGCCCCUCCUCAUGCUCUAUCAAGCUUUUAGACAGAAGGAGUGACAUUCCUUGCUCCCUGGCUGUGAGCUCUAUUUCAACUGUUCCUGGACCUGACUCUAGCAGGAGCCCUAAGCGGGAGAAUCAAUAUGCUACUGAGGUCUCGUCGAUCUGCCUCAGCCAAGAUAGAAAUGGCCAAGGAGGGAGUGUGACACCUCCAGCCCCUUUGGAUGUUUCCCUCCCCUCCGUUAUUGAGCGGGCUGGCGGACUUGUAUGUUCCGUCAUCUCCCAGUCUUUAGCAAUUGUGGAGGCGCGGUCAAGUGUGAAUGGAGGCCACUGGCAAAUGGCAGUUGAUUCCGAUUAGGUUCAGCCCCCUGUACUGUGGGCCUGUUGUGAUCAGGAACAAUGCCGGUCCGGU